ACCCGGAUCCGAUUCAGCAGACUCGCCACCUGUUUUCGCCCCCGCAGUCUUCUCCUGAGGUUUUGCCCCCACACUCUUCCCAUUUCUCGCGUCUCCUCUGGCCACCACGAGGAGCAGAGUCCGAGCCGCAACGCCACGCCUCUCGAUCCACGAAUCUCCCCUCUCAAAUCCCCCGCGGAUCUGCUGGUUCCGUGAGGGUUAGGAGCGCGCCGGAGCCUGGAGGCGUCGAGCUGUUUCGGGAGGGAAGGGGAGGGGAGGGGAGGCGCAUGAGGAUUCGCGAGCUGGGGGACGGCGACGGGAGGCCGGUGGAGGGGGAGGAGCAGGAGGAGGCCUGGGCAGGCGGCGGCGAGGUCGUGCGGCUGAGGGCCAAGCGCGCGCUCGUCGGCGCCGGCGCCAGGGUGCUCUUCUACCCGACGCUUCUCUACAACGUGCUGCGCAACCAAUUCGAGGCCGAGUUCCGGUGGUGGGACCGCGUCGACCAGUGUAUUUUGCUAGGAGCUGUUCCUUUCCCUAGUGAUGUUCCACGUCUGAAGCAACUUGGAGUUCAGGGAGUUGUAACAUUGAAUGAGCCUUAUGAGACUCUGGUACCAAUGUCCUUGUACCAGACCCAUGGGAUCGAUCACCUUGUGAUUGCCACAAGAGACUACCUGUUUGCACCAUCCCUCGAAGAUAUUUGUCGAGCCAUCGAUUUUAUCCACCGUAAUGCAUCACAAGGUGGCACUACUUAUGUUCACUGUAAAGCUGGAAGAGGACGAAGCACCACUAUUGUUUUGUGCUAUUUGAUCAAAUAUAGGAGCAUGACUCCUGAAGCAGCUUUGGAUCAUGUACGAUCCAUUAGGCCCCGAGUGCUUUUGGCACCGUCACAGUGGCAGGCUGUUAUCGUAUUUAGCACUCUCACCACCGGACGUCUUCCAGUACGGAGUACAAACCUAAACUGUUAUCUAGAAGGCACCAAAGCCUCCAUUCCUGACAGAGAUAUCGAGGACUGCACUAUGGAGUUUGAUUACGAUGAUGGCGGUUUACCUCUUUGUCAAGUUAUGGUACCGAGGCCAAGCAGUCCGACUGGGUGUGUCGAUGCAGUGUUCAUAACAGAAGCAGAUCUGGAGGGCUACGAUGCAUACGUUGAUACUGGGAAGGAUGUUGUGUCAUUUGAAGUAGUAGCCAGUCGCAAACCCAUUAUGAGGAGACUAUCGUGCCUCUUUGGAUCAUUGAAAGUUACCAGCAACUGUGAACCAGCCCCAAGCCGGUUUACCGAGGUUCGCGCCUGCUAGGUAGGCCUGCUACUGGCUUUGCGCAAUUUUCAACAUGUUGUGAGUCAAGAUACGUGAUACUCCCUCUGUAAAGAAAUAUAAGAUCUAAAUGCUCUUAUAUUUCUUUACGGUGGGAGUACAUUAGUAGAUAGGCAGGCAGUCAGCCAGUCAGGCAUCGUAGAAACACAUGUUUCUACAGCCACGGCAAACGCCACCGGGAAGAAGCUUUGUGUGCAUAGGGAGAUGGAGAGUCUAGAGUUGUGAAUGUGCCGAUUGCCUUUUUUUCACUCGGAAACAUGUGGUUUGAUUUCACCAUUGUUCUUUGGAAUAAAAAGCUGAUCAUGUUUGGUGUAA